AUGGCGUCACACGGGAGAAAAAGGAAGAACUACGACGAUCGGGGCGACCGGAAUGAUCUCUACGAUCGGAGUGACAGGUACGAUCGGAGUGACAGGUACGAUCGGAGUGACAGGUAUGACCGAAAUGACAGGUACGACCGGGGUGAUAGGCACGAUCGAAGUGACAAGCCCAACCGGCAGGACAAGGAAAUAAUUUACGACCAAAUAUAUUCCACGCCCAGGAAGAACAAGCCCAGGUGCAUGGUCGUGUCAAACUAUAAGGACAAUUUGUUGAGCUACUUCCAGAGCAUUAUCAAUAUCGAAAAUAGUGGAGCUUAUUUUAGCCAAAAAUGGUACAUACAUUUUUACCGUGUCUGUUUGUAUAAUGAGAAGCUAUAUGCAGGUGGCUCUGCGGUGACGGCCGACGGGGUGGGAGUUUCAGGAAGUAGCGGAAAGAACAACACAAAUGUGAGUAAAAAAAAUAUAGACAAAUUGAUCAUCGAAUAUAAUGUGGAGGAAGUCCUUCGGAAGGUGCAAACGUUGGUAGUGAGAAAAUUAGAUUGUGAAAAUUUGUACUACCAGAAAAUUCUGGUAAUUGCGUGCCUCCUUUUUGACUUCUUCCAAAAUAAGAAGCACGUUAAUGUAAAGACGCUACGACAUUUGGAAGGCGAGGAGGAAGAGGAAGAAGGGGGUGAUCAAUUACCUAAUGAACAAUCCAAAGGGGACCACACAAGUGGGAAAAAAAACUCUCGCUCGAAGGAGUCAAAGAAGAGGUCGAGAACCACAUCCGCAGCAGCCAACUCGUCCAAUUACGGAGAUGAUGAUUAUGAUGAAGUAACGAGCAAUCGAAGGGGAAGCAGCAAAUAUGAAGCAGAGACAGAAAUAGACGUAAGGAAGAAAAAACACUUGAGAGAGAGGAAUUUUCAAAAUGAAGGUCAAAAAAAUUACUACAUCAUAGAAUUUAAAAACUUACUUUUUAAUGAAAAAAAAAAGUUUAACAACAUAGAAAUAUUUUAUCACAUCACCAACUUAAUCAUACACAAAUAUUGGUACUCCUCAGAAUUUGCGAGGUACAAUAUUUUUGUGUGGUUUUUAAAUUAUUUGAAUAAUAAAUUGGAAAUAAAAAAAAGUAUUAACAAAAUAAAUGAACAGCUGGAAAUGUUCAUAAAUAUACAUCCAAAAAUUUUUAAUAUUUCCAAUGCGAAGAAAAGGAGGAAGAAAAACACGCACCAUAUAAGUGCCAGCAAUAGCAGCUACAAUUUGGCUGGUGCAGGAGCGGGUACCUCCACGUCCAAUCAUAACAGCGGUAAUCACCACUUUGAAAAUGGCGUGUUAGAUUACCCUAACCUUAAAAAUAGGAAUAGACAACUGGGGGGGGGAUUUUCCGAUGCCACUAAUAUGGACAAUAAGAACAAACCUUCCAGUGUAGAAAAUAUGAACAAAGUUAACACGUUCAGUCAUUUUGUGAAUUCCACCAAUGUGGGUAACGCAGGUGGUAUUGGCAGUACUAGCUUUUUUGGUGCUCCAAGUAGCAGUGCUCCCCUUGGCGGUUUGCAAAUAUCCACCCCAAACGUGGCUACCUCUCCCAGCAACAACAAUAAUCCGUUCAAAGGAUUUAACCAAAGCAACAACAUAUUUAGCAGCAACAAAAGUAAUGAAAGUAGCCUAUUCAGGAAGAGCAGCAACAGCAACACCACCAACCCGUCUAGCAACAACACAUCUGCGGCGACGUCUCUCUUUGGAGGUUCUCUAAACACUAAUUCGAUCAUGAACCCAUCGGGUAAUAGCACCUUGCCAAAGUUCACCAGCGCCUUUUCUGGAGGUCUGAACGCGCAAGACAAUUCCAACACGACAGGCUCGAACCUCACCGGUAACAAUCCCCUCUCAGGGAACAUAUUUGGAAUGAAGAGCAACCUAACAACUAGCAAUAACCCCUUUGGCAGUCAAAAUAGUGGUACGCUUGGGAACAGUCUUAUGAACAACCUGUCCAAUCAAACGACCAACAACCUUUUUGGUUCCAAAAAUAAUUCCUCAUCGGAAACGUCAAACAUUAACCUACCCUCCAGCAGUAACAACAGCAUCUUUGGUUUCGACAAAAGUGCACAAGGCACUUCUUCCCUUUUUGCAAAUGCCACGGGGACGAACCAAAGUAAAGGUCUCUUUCCCUUUGGCAAUAGUAGUCAACCUGGGAACCAGGACAAGAUGCAGUUGGGUUCCUCUUCCGCAGGAAACCCUAUGUCAAUUUUUGGACAGAAGAGCAAAGGAGACUCAGCCUUUUCGCUUAUGCCCGGGGGGGGUACCGUGGGUAGCAACAUUGGAGGGGUUAACAAUACUAGCGGUACGAACACCCUUGGUGGGGUUAGCGGUUUGGGAUCCUUUGGGGGAUUCGGAGGAGGAAGCGGCGUAACCAGCGGGAAUCUCAUGAACAGCAGCACAGGCGUGUCGUUGAAGCCGAACUCCCUUUUUCAGGGAACACUUGGUGCACAGAAGGAGGGAUUUUUUGGGAGCGCCAAAUCGAACGAGAAUAUUUUCGGCGCAAGCGGUGCGGGCACGACUUCCGGACAGACGAACAUUUUUGGAAUGCAGAAUAGCAGCACCGCUAAUCAUAGUCCGUUUGGCAAGACCACCACGGGCACCGGUAUUGGUGGUGGUGUCAUCGGCAAUGUCGGUGGAAGUAUUAGCGGCGGCCUUGGGCUGAAUAACCCCCCGAACACCGCUGGUGGCUCCAUCAGCUUCGGUUCCAGUUUGUCCCCAAACCAAAGCACCACCAUGGGCAUGGGGAAUAAUAUGUCUCAGAUAAACACAAGUGGAUCACAGUUCCAACCUAUGAGCACCCCCACAAGUGCAAACAACUUAGCGAACCUGUUUAAUAGUGAAAAUGGAUCGAAGGAGUUAUUCAAAGAUUUGAAGCUAUCCACGGAUACGGGACAGAAGUUUACUGUAAAUAAAAAACCACUCUUUUCGAAGAGGGUGAAAAACAACACACUCUUAACGCCGAAUAGUAAUGCAAGUGGGGAAACUAAUAUUUUCAGUUCAAACUAUGUGAAUAAAGACAGCUUGUUGGUUAACCAGGACAAGCCCGUGAAGGUUAUAUUUGGACAAAACAAGACUACCACUGCGAUGGAUACUUCCCCCGUAGGAGGUGCAAGUACACCCAAUCUGGGAAGCACAAACUUGUUUGGAAGUGCCAUCAGCGGAAGUGGUAGCGUGCCGGGGCUCGGCCCAAGUGCGGGCAUAAAUAAUAAUAGUAGUAAUAACCAAGAUAAGGCGAAUAAUAACCUCAUUAACCAAAGCAACAACCAAAUGGGAAGUAAAAUUAUCUUCAAUGCAUCGUCUAGUAGCAUGGAGCAGAGCAAUAAUACCACCACUAGUAGUCUGUUCGGAAGCAGCAGCAGUAAUCCAUUCCAGAGCAGCACGAAUAACCUCUUUGGAAAUAAUCAGACCAGUGGAACUACAAACAGUAAUAACAACCCCUUUGGAUGGAACCCCUUCUCCACCCCCGCUGAUGGAACCAAAAAUGAUACUCAAAAUAACGACCCAGGUUUGAGUAUUCCCGUGAAGAAAUUAACCCUAGAGGAGAGGAAGAAAAAAACGGCCAAAAGUAAUAUGCUCUCUUUAUUUUCGAAUAACAAAAUGGGGGGCACUGAUACGAAUAAUGCGGCUGAUACUUCUUUGGGUGCAUCCAUGUCGAAUGGCCUGCUUGGCAAUAAAAGUUCCAGUAGCGUCAGUUCGUUCAGUUUUAACAACACUUCUAUGGAAAACGUUUCCAAGGAGGACACAGCCUCUGGCCCCACCGCUGCUACAGAUAAACCCAGUGGUACUUUCCUAUUUGGGCAAAACAGAGACACCAGCAGUAGCAGUAUGACACUUGGCGCACCGCAGACAACUUGGGGUGACAAAAAAGCAUCUAUCUUCGGCUCAGCAACUUCUGCCACGAACGCAGUAAGUGGUACUACCGAGGAUAAGGCGAACAAGGAAGGAAGUGGGGACACCACAUCAUCCACGCCCUCACCGAACACCACCAGCGGUAAUAACGCCAAUGAAAAAAGCAUCUUCCAGAGCGGCACGAAAAGCAGUUUAUUCUCAUUCGGCGCAAAUAAGGCGGAUGAAAAUAAGAGUGCAGAAACGGAGAAGGAAAAACCCAAAAGUAGCAUAUUCGGUUUUGGAACUCUAAAUGUAAAGAGCGAGCAAAAGGAGGAGACAAAAGAAGAAGGGGGGGAUAAAAACAACCUGUCGGAAGACAAAGGAAGUGAAGAAAAAAUGUCAGGGAAAAAUGAAAAAGAGAAUGUUCAAGUUUUUGGUAGUGCAUUUUUAUCGAGCAUAAAUGGGCAAAGUAAAGAUACGAAUGUUAAAGGAGCUGAUUCCGGUCCUUCCACUUUCAGUUUUGGAAACGCAAAAAUGGAAGAAAAUAAAACGAGCUCAUCUCCCUUUUCGUUUCCAUCGAAUAAGGAAGACAGAAGUUCGACUCCCAUUUUUGGCCUUCCCAGCAAAACGUCGUCCUUUAACGAAGUGCAGACGAGUGAAGAGAAGAACAAAAUUCCCAUUUUUUCCCUCGGUGGGGAGAACAAGCAGGCGGAUAUUACCGGGACGCAAUCGCAGAGCUCCAAUGUGUUUAAGUUUAGCACCACGGGGGGUGACACAGACGGUAAAGUGGUUGGUGUGAAUGUGGUUGAUCCAACAAGCAGCGGUGGAAACGUGAACGAUAACAUAAACUACGACGAUGUGAAGAACAGGAAGAGGAGGAGGAACGUGGAUAUGGACGACCAGGAUGAAGCAGGUGGAAUGGGCAAGUCGAAGGGGAGAGAUUCCACAGAUGAGACAAAUCAGUUGGGAGGUGACAACUCCAGGAGGAAAGGAUACAGUGGAAACUAUUUCGGUGAUGAAGGAAAAGAUGAAUUAAGCACGGACAGUUUAUUCUUCAAAAAGAGUAAAUUGGGAAGCGCCCUAAAUGAUACCAAAAAUAUUUUAAACACUUUAAAAUUUGACAACAUUCCAAGUAAGGAUAUUUUAAGUGCAUCUGUUAACGAAACGAAUAUAAGUUCCCGAGAGAAUAACAUAAUCGAGAGGGGGGUUCUGAAUGCCAGUGGUUCAUUAUGGGAUAGCAAAGAGGUAGGGAGCAGUCCGACAAAGGAUAAAGGUGAGAAUGGUAUGCAGUCCAAUGGGAUUUUCUCCUCCACAGGAGAUAACACCCAAUUUGGCCUUCGAAAUACACUGAGUAAUGAACUAACAACAGAUACGAACAACACGAGUGGUGGAACAACACAGUCAAAGCAACAGAGUGGACAGAACCAUGUUAACAUGGAUGAAUCGAAUCUUCCAUUUGGCAUACGUGAGGGGAACAAUUUGUUAAACGACCAAGCGAAGAGAAUAGCGAAACUGAAGGAAGAAGAAGAACUGAGAAAUCUGGAAAGAUUAAAAAUGAAUAACUACCUAAUACCUGAAAAGAAUGACAAUAAUGACGGAAGAAAUGACGUAAAUCCUGAUGGAGGGGAAAUAAAAAAUGCGAGGAAAGACCACUUGGUGACAGACAAAAAAAGCGUAGAUCGAAUUGUAGCAUAUAAUAAGAAAAUAUCAUACGAUGAUAUAGAAGUAGAUUUAGAUAAGGACAUUAUCGACUUGAACGAUUUGAGAGAAAACUUAUUUUUGUGUGUUUUAAAUUUUCACCUAAACUACUGGGCAGAGAAAGUUAUCCUCUUCUACCCACACAAUGAAAAAAUCAAUAAAUUCUGUAACCGCAUUAUGAAGAUAAAAGACGAAUUUGAUGAAACUUACGAUUUUAAUUUAUUCGAGGAAAUUCACAUUUUAGCGAAAAAAUUGUUGAAGAGAUUAGACCGUAAUUGUUGUAUCUACGAAAGUGUACUCUUCCUUUCGGCCGAAAAUUUAUACGUCCUAAAGAAUGCCAAGCUGUCUCUCUUCGAAGCCUUCAACAUAUAUCACUUUUGGUUUCAAAAAAAUAGCCUCGACGUGAAAAAAAACUUCCAAAAUUUUAUGUACACAAAUAAAAUUUAUCCCUCCUACCUUAACUACUACAUGAACCUUUACAAGAACCAUGCCUCGUUCAAUUAUAAGUACACGCAAGGAAGUGGUGAAUCGGAGGGGAAAAUCAAAGGCAAUGGUAAGAAGAAGCAGCUAGACCAGGAGAAUGACAGUGCAAGCAAUUCGACGGACCAGGAGGAACCGAUCGGCAGUGACGAUUCGUUAGGCAGCUCGGAUGCACCCCGGGAUGAUGACCCUUAUAGCCAGGGGGAGGAGGACAGCGAAAGAAGCGACGUAGGAAGUGAGCGUGGAAGUAGUCCUCGAAGUAGUCCUGCAAGUAGUCGUCUAAGUAGUCCCCGAAGUAGUUGCGGAAGUAGCCCCAGAAGCGAUCGUGAGAGGCGCGCGAAAAGGAGGGACAGGGCCAGAAAGAAAAGCGACAAGCGGAAGGAGAACAGCCUCAUAGAGAUCCUCAACUCAAACAGCAGUGACGUGUCAGACGUGAUGGAUAACAGCAACAAGGAGGAGCCACUCAAUAUGCACUUCAAGGAAAAGUACCUCUACCUAUCCAAGGGAAAGGUCCGAAAAAACAAAUUAUUCCUCCCCUCGCACAUAAGGGUUAAAAAACUCAGUGCAUGCGAGUGCAUACUAUUGGAACUUAUCCUCAAAAGGGACAUACUAAACGUUUUAAAAAAGUACAAAAUUUUUAAAACAGAAAAAUAUGAAUACCUCUAUGUUAACCUCAUAGCAAUGUUGAAGCAUUAUAAUUAUUUUUCAAUCGAAAGGGAGAGUGAAAUAAGUAAAAGUUCCACUUCCACUAGUGCAACAGCAAGUGGAGGUGCCGAUAGUGGUGAACCCAAUAACGGUGCAUCUCAUUCCCCUUUUGGACAAAACAAAUCUAACAGUCAAUUGAAGAAGCUAACUAACCAUCUGAGCACAAAUUGCGUGAACACAAAAAAUGAUAAAAUUAAUAUCCUCAAAAAAAUAUGUGAUAAAAAUUUACUCUACUAUAUAAACAUGCAGUUAAAAAAUAUUACCUAUUUGAUCAGCUUCAACGAAAUGGAAAUCGCUUGUGUGUACCUAAAUCAUAUAAAAAAUAAUUUGUACGUUAUGUUCCAGAUGCCUAUUCUUCUUUACAACACUCUCUUCGAUAGAAUUAUUACCUCCUACAAUGACUACAUCGUCAUGGAAAACUUUUUCAAUAACUCCUGCUUGUAUAAUGACUUUCGAUAUGAAAAUAUUUUCAAGACAAAGGUUGCCUAUAUGCUCAUGAAGAAAUUCUUCCAGGCGGACGAUACGGAAAAUUGCAUUCGAUUUGCCCUGUACUUUGAGAACAUUCGGACCAAGGCACCUCGAAAUAAUAUUUACAAUGAUUAUAUUUUUCAUAAAAACUUGUUGAGUGCUUACAUUAAGGUGCAUGAAGACAUCGUGCCGGAGGACUGGAUCAACGCGCAAACAUCCAACAACAGCGAACUCAGUGACCUGCAUGACUCAGAAUACCUGGACUACUACUCCUUCUUCUUCAAGGACAUCUCCAAGUAUAUAAAAUUUAACAUAAUGCAGAAGAUUGUCUCCUGCAAUAUAUUCAGCCUUCGCAGGAGGGACUACACGAAUGCGGAGGAGGGCUACACUCUUGGGGGAAGCAGUGUGGCCGGUAGUGUUCCUAGCGGAGUGCCAAGUGGACAGGCAAGUGAAGUAAUCAGCGGAGGAAACGCCCCAACGGGGGAGACAACCACCUCUGCCCCCAAUACGUGGGAAGACAACUUCGCGUGCUACUUUGUAUAUAUGGUGAAUCGUUCCAUCCUGGAUGACCUCGUCAAUCUGUACGCUUCCAAGGGAGACUACUUCUACAAGAGAAUCUCAGCCACACUUAUUAACAGCUCAUUUGUAAAGGAAUACGAAAAGACGCACAACAAACAUUUCCACAUGCACGUACAGGUAGCCAACAUAAACCACUUUAUGAAAACCAACUUCUUCGAAUACAUCAACUUUUUCAAAAAAAAAGAACUCUAUCAUAUCGAUAAGACAAAAAAUGAAGAUGAAAUUAUGCAAAACCUAGUUAACGUUAUAAAAGGAAAUGGAAAAAAAAUUAUUGUAGUGAUUAAUAUGCUCGUCGAAAUUGUCACCAAAAUAGAAAAAAAAAUUUUGAAAAAUGUAAAUAUCUUUAUUACUAUAAAUUUGAGGAACUUAAUUAUUGACACCUUUUAUCUUUUCAAGUACAUUUUCAACAAUAAAGAAUUUUCGCUUCACUUGGUGGAAGACUUGUACAGGAAUGCCGUCAUUUUUAACGACCUCAUAAACUCCACCUUCUCGGACGACGUGCACUACUACCCCAAGGAACAAAUAAAGGAGCUUUACACUUACAUCCGCCAUAAGUUUACCAACCAAAAUUUGAUCGCCUGA